AUGACGGUAGCUUAUGUCGCAAUCUUUCUUAAAAGUUAUCUCUCCAGCCGUCAGCUCGCAAAGAAGGGAACCAGACGAGAGGUGCAGGCAAGAAAGAAGAAUGCAAGUGCCAGAAGGGAGAGAGCAUUGGCCAAAAGAGUCUUCUUUAUCAUUCUCACAGAUUGCGCCUGUUGGAUGCCGAUAAUAGUCAUGGGCAUCAGGUCUUUGGCUGAAAAAGAUUACAGUCCCCGAGGCGAUCUUCCUGCCUGGAUCGCCGUGUUUGUGCUGCCAAUUAACUCAGCCUUGAAUCCGAUCAUCUACACCUUAUCAACCCCUCAGGUAAGACAGGGACGUACAUUAGUACAAUGCAAUUGAUCGCGACGGAUUCCUCCAUCGUGUUUAUGCGUUAAUUACGUAUCCUCGCAGAAUGCUUAAAAGUAGAUAAUGAAAGAUAUACGUCGUAGGCUUCCUAGGAAAAACCUUAUCGUAGAAUUAUCAUCCAAUGAGUGGAUUCGUUCAAAAAAAAAAGUAGGUAGCUUAUCAAAUGUUUCAAUUGCAAAUGAACACGGCUGUCACAUUUAAUUUCAAAAUGAUUCGUUUCACCCAAAAAUUUCCCGCUCCUUGAAAACUAUCAUUAAAAAAAAAUUGCACAUGAAAUUUCUGAAAGCUACUUGAGCAAUUUCUCAUAGUUCUUUUUGAGGCAUUUGGAAAAUAUCAGAACUGGACAAAUGGCUAUGCAACUUAACUGGCUGAUUCUAGCAUCGGCUCAAUGGCUAUGCAACUUAACUGGCUGAUUCUAGCAUCGGCUUUCCUUGUGUUUAAGUCGUAUGAUCAGCUUUAACAUUGUUUAUGAAAGUUACGUUUGUAAACUCUCUAUCAUAUUCUCUCUUAAUUUUUACAGAUUUAAUGAAAUAUUCGCUUUGCAUUACCCAAACAGGUGCAGGGCAUAUUGCGACCAAAACUGCGAAUUUUGAUGAACCAUGUGCGCAGCUUUUUCUCUUGCUGUAAAAAGCAGCAAGAUCAUCAAGGUAAGGUUUACCGUUUUCUUUAG